UUUGCCGUCUUGCCGUUUCGGACAGCUGGUUCUUGAUACCCACGCCGACUACGAAGCUGGACUGCUGGAGACGCUUCCAAUGUGAGGUUCACGGCUGAAGGAAGCUCGAAUGGCCAUGUUCUGGCAUCGCAGAGUACAGAGCCUCAUAUCUCAAGCACACAACUCAGGUAACACCAUCGCAAUCUUGCUUGUACAAAAUUCAAACUUCAAAGGCACCCGAGGACUGCAUUAGCGGCAAACGCCUGCAUCGGACAAACACAGCACUGAGAGCAACAUAAUUGCUGUUCUGUCACAGCAAGGACAAGCGUGGACGUCGUGGGAUGGAUGCACACCUCCUGCAACGGUGAUUAGUGGGAGCACCAAAGCUGGCUUAACACCUUAUCCGUUUUCAUUUUCCCGUUUCUCUUUGCGAAAAUGGCUGACCUUCUCUAUGAGCUGCUGGUGUCUUCCUCAGGCGAUGACUGGCCUCGAACAGCGGACCCCGUGGCCCUGGAAUACCUGUCCAACUUGGCAUCAUCACCCCUUUCCGCACUCGAGUCAUCUGAACCACAAACUCUGGCUCAGAAUUCGCACACCCUCCUCCUCUCAUUGCAAGCCCUGUCCAAACGGUCACACAAAUCCAUCAUAGACUCCGCUUUCAAUCAUGCAAACCUACGGACUGCAUUACCUGCAUUAGCUGCCUCAACAGCCGAUCUCAAGAGCGCAAUACCGAGGCUGGACAACGAAGCAGUGCGGUUCUCGACAACAUAUCACAAGUCAGGCGAAAAUGAGAUUCUCAACGCCCGGAAGAGAGCUCUACUGCUCUCGAGGAACGUAGAACGACUUGUCGACGUGCUGGACCUGCCCACCCUCCUCUCAUCAGCCGUCACAAGUGGCUCCUCCACAGCGGCCGCGAACUACGCCUCGGCUCUCGACCUGAACGGACACAUCAGACGGCUAUCAUCCUUGUAUCCCGACUCGCAUCUGGUCAAUUCCGUGUCAACCCAGUCGGACGAGGCAAUGCAAACCAUGGCCACGAAUCUGAUCUCGAGUCUGCGCACGCCCAGUCUAAAACUCGCAUCCGCGUUACGGACCAUCAGCUGGCUCCGCCGCGUCAUCCCGGACCUAGACCCCGCCGGCGCAGCCGGAAACGGCGGUGGUUUGGGAGCUCUGUUCCUCGUGUGCCGCCUGGCAACGCUCAUGAACAUGCUAGCUGCGCUGGAGCCGCUGAGGGAGCUGGCCGACCAGGAGAAGGUCAAACAGCAGCAGAACGCGGCGGGGAGUGCUUGGUCGGGGGGCCAGCAGACGGAGCGGUAUCUCAAGAGGUAUAUCGAGAUAUUUCGGGAGCAGAGUUUUGCGAUUGUGUCCAUGUUCAGGAGCGUGUUCCCCCCGGCGUCCAACGCGCAGAGUAGCAUGAGAGUUGCGGCGAAGGAGUCGGAUCCCUUGCAGCCGGUCCCGUCGGCCCUGUCGAUGUUUCCGUUGUAUUUGGUGGAGAUGCUCAUGGAGACUUUGAGGGUGUAUAUGCCCAAUGUGAAAGAUCAGGCCUCGAGGGACAGCCUGCUGACUCAAGUGCUUUAUUGUGCUGGUAGUCUGGGUAGACUCGGGGGAGACUUUGGGGUUCUGCUGGCGAGCUUGGAUGUUGGGGAGGAGGCGGAGGAUGAAUGGGUGGAAGUAGUCAAGCGUCACAAGGCUAUGGCUGGGCGGUUGGAGUCUAUUGUGGGUGGUAAGAAUAAAGGCUCACCGGUAGUUUCUACAAGGGCUUGAUAGAAAAAUGGAUGAGUAACAGUUACCACAGACUAGGUCGUCACUGAACAGUAAUUGUGGUUUGAUUGCCAGCGAUGAAGCGUUGCAUGCCGUUAUACGAAUCUACUAGCAGGACUACAUGGCUUAUUGGAUGUGUCCAAAUUCAAU